CCCCCGCGGCCCCGCAGCCGGGCUCAGACAAAGGCUGCGAAGGCUGGGCCGAGCCGAGCCGGUCCUGCCCGGGGACAAGCUUUGGCCUCUCCCUGAGCGAGGAAGACGCGGGAUCCGAGCGGUUAGGUGAUUUGCCACAACCGACAAGUGAAGGAGCCGGGAUUCCAAAUCCCAGACUACUUUAAACAUAAUUCCUGCGUUGUCUUCAUGUCUGUACUUCGUGACACCUGCACGGUGAUUUGGACCUUGUGGGCUGUGUCUAUCCACCGUCUCCACGUAGCUUUUGUAAAAAUUUCACAGGGGUUUGUGUAAGUUCUAGAGUUCCGACCCUGUGACUGAGCCUCUAGAUCCUUUGCUGACUCUAAUUUAGUUUUCUGCCCAGAAUCUGCAGGGUACUGUAGGGGUGGCUGCUGAGAAUAAAUACCUGGCACCUCCAGCUGCCGGCUGAGGAGACAGUUGGAGCUCAAGUUGGGGGACGUGCCCUGAGAGCCACUGGCAGAAACAAGUCCAGACCCCAGAUUUUGGUGCUGUAUGCUUCCGGUGUUCCUGCUAGCCAGGCCCCUGAGGAGCAGAAGUCGGUGAUUACAGGAAACCGAUACACCUGUGAAGCCUGCUGUCAGAGGUUCCAACAGUUUCCUUGUCAGAAGUGGACAGGCCUGUGGGCUGAGACAGAGAGUUGCCCAGGAAGGAGGCGGAAGUCAUCAUGCUGCAGCAGCUCCUGAUCACCCUGCCCACCAAGGCCAGCACCUGGGUCAAGUUGCACCAUCCAAAGAAGGCCAAAGAGGGGGCGCCCUGGUGGGAGGAUGUGACCAAAAUGUUUAAAGGAGAAGCUCCGCUAUCUCAGGUUGCUGAUGUGACCCAGGGAGAGAGUUUAGAAGAUGAAGUGACCCCUGGGCCCUUGACAGCAGAAUCCCAGGAACUGUUGACCUUCAAGGACGUAUCUGUGGACUUCACCCAGGAGGAGUGGGGGCAGCUGGGCCCUGCUCACCGGAAUCUGUACCGGGAGGUGAUGCUGGAGAACUAUGGGAACCUGGUCUCAGUGGCAGGAUAUCAGCUUUCCAAACCUGGUGUGAUUUCCCAGUUGGAGAAAGGAGAAGAACCAUGGCUGAUGGAGAGAGAGAUUUCAGGAUGUCCAGGUUCAGACUUGGAGAGUAAAACAGAAACCAAAGAGUCAGCCUUAAAGAAUGACAUCUCAUGGGAAGAAUUACACCAUGGUCUGGUGAUGGAAAGGUCUACUAGAGGAAACACCUUGUAUUCCACGUUGGAAAGAAUCUCCAAAUGUGAUAAUUUAGAAAGCCAGCAGGAAAACCAAGAAAUGGGUGAGGGGCAAAUCCCCUUCAUCUGCAAGAAAAUGCUUGCUCAGGAGGGAAGCCAAGAAUCUAACAGAUGUGAGAAAAAAAUUAAUGUGAAUUCAAAAGUUAUGCCAGGACAAAUAAAUCUUUCAAGAAAACAAGACCAUAAAUAUGACAAAUCUGGAAAAAGGAGCAGAUACAGCUUAGAUUUAAUUAAUAAUUCAAGGAGUUAUACAAAGAUGAAAACUUUUGAGUGUAAUAUUUGUGAAAAAAUCUUCAAACAGCUCAUUCACCUUACUGAACACAUGAGAAUUCAUACUGGAGAGAAACCUUUCAGAUGUAAGGAAUGUGGAAAAGCCUUUAGCCAAAGUUCAUCCCUUAUUCCACAUCAGAGAAUCCAUACUGGUGAGAAACCCUAUGAAUGUAAGGAAUGUGGGAAAACCUUCAGACAUCCUUCAUCCCUUACUCAACAUGUUAGAAUUCAUACUGGGGAGAAGCCCUAUGAAUGUGGGGUAUGUGAGAAAGCCUUUAGCCAGAGCAUUGGACUGAUCCAGCAUCUGAGAACUCAUGUUAGAGAGAAACCUUUUACAUGCAAAGACUGUGGAAAAGCAUUUUUCCAGAUUAGACACCUUAGGCAGCAUGAGAUUAUUCAUACUGGUGUGAAACCCUAUAUUUGUAAUGUAUGCAGUAAAACCUUCAGCCAUAGCACAUACCUAACCCAACACCAGAGAACUCAUACAGGAGAAAGACCAUAUAAAUGUAAGGAAUGUGGAAAAGCCUUUAGCCAGAGAAUACAUCUUUCUAUCCAUCAGAGAGUCCAUACUGGAGUGAAACCUUAUGAAUGCAGUCAUUGUGGGAAAGCCUUUAGGCAUGAUUCAUCCUUCGCUAAACAUCAGAGAAUUCAUACUGGAGAAAAACCUUAUGACUGUAAUGAAUGUGGAAAAGCCUUCAGCUGUAGUUCAUCACUCAUUAGACACUGCAAAACACAUUUAAGAAAUACCUUCAGCAAUGUUAUGUGAAAUAUACUCAACAUCAAAGACUAUAUUGGAGCCAAAGUCUCUAAAUCAUUGGUUCCCUGACUUUUGGAUUUCAGGAAUCAAUAAUUUUUAGAAAUGGUUUGGCACAAUAUUACAAACUAUUAAUUUUGCCACAUUAAAAACAAUCACCUAUUGUCAGCAUUGUUUCAGAAAAGAAAGGGCAUUUUAAUACUUUAAAAUGUAGGAGGGAUAUAAUAAUUAUGAAGAACAGCCUUUUAUAUUGAAUUAAAUCAGUUUUAUG